CCUAUCCAGCGUUUUGUGCUGUUAAACAGGCGAGUGGGCUGGACAGCAAGCGAGAUGUACUCAUGGCAGUUCUUAUGAGCAACGCGUUGUCUGGCUCGAGUAAGAAAGGCCAGCCAGGCUAUCCCGAGACAUGUCUACAACAGAGCAUACGGAAAGCGAAGAUGCCACCCUAGCACAACUCCGAGAUGCAGAAACCGACCUCGACCUAUUCAGAUUAUCUGGGGAUAUAGAUGACCUGCUACUAGAUGCCAGUCUAGAUGAGUACCAACACUACCUCGACCAGCUCGACGCCGCCCGAAGCCACCUCGACACCCUUCUCGCCGACACGGCCGCAACGCUAGAUGAACUGUCCGAGAUCUCUGCGUCCUUCAAGGCUAUCGAUGCCCAAACGAAAGCCUUCCAGGAACGGUCGGCCAACAUCCUCGAAGAACAACACAAGAAUGAAACCAUCGCACAAGACAUCGCGGACAACCUGCGCUACUAUGAGCCCCUGGAAAGAAUCACACGGCGUCUCAAUGCCCCUGGUGCAGGUGCCUUCGUCAGGAGCAAGGAUUUCUCAGAUAUGCUGAUCACGCUGGACGAAUGUAUCGACUACAUGCAGACGCACCCUGGGCACAAGGAAGCCGAAACCUAUCGCUCGCGGUACAGACUUCUUCUCACAAGAGCAUUGACCCUCGUACGAAAUACUUUCAUGGCUGGAGUCCGGGAAACGACGACAGAAGUUGCGGGUAGAAUUGCAGCAAAACAGCUGAACGACACCACUAUGUCCGCCUUACUCUACGCCAAGUUCCGUGUCGGCGCCGCUGAGAUGAAAGAACUCGGUCUCGAGAUCCAUAAACGUGCAAAUCCUCCAGCAGACGCCGAUCCUGGUACGGAGGGCGAAUAUCAGAGUCUCAUGAACGAGUUACACUCCAGCUUCGCCGCAUGUCGAGCAAGACUGAUAUUGCCGAUCGUCCAGAAACGGCUCACAGAAAUCGGUCAAGCGCCCAGCUCAAAAGACCUCGUACAGUUUUCGCGGGCAAGUAUAAGCUACAUCCGAGGAAUGUGUCUGGAUGAAUUUGAGCUCUGGUCAGAAUGGUUCCACGGCUAUCGCGGUCUAUAUGAUUUUCUCGAAUCCAUCUGUGAGCCGCUGUAUGACCACCUCCGACCCCGCAUCAUUCAUGAGAACAAGUUGUCCAAGCUAUGCUCGCUCGUGACGCUACUACAGACAAGAUAUCUGCACGACGAGGAAGAAGACGGCCCCGCAGACCUCAACCAACUCGACUUUUCGAUGCUAAUCCAACCAGCACUGGAGGACGCGCAAACACGCCUCGUCUUCCGCGCGCAAGCAAUCCUACGUGACGAGAUUGAAAUGUUCAAGCCCAACCCAGAAGAUCUGGACUAUCCUCGCCGCACUUCAGCACCACCAACAACCAGCACACCCCUGUCCGGCCGGCGCAAAACCCGCGAGCCCAUGACUCCACUCCUCAAGUCUCCCGAGAUCGUCGACGAGGACUCCGGCGAAGAAGGCUCUUUCUCAUGGACCCUCGCCUCGCGCCGUGCCGAAUUGCAAAACUGCUACCCAACCCUCUCCAAAGCCAUCCGCCUCCUUCACCGGAUCUACCGGCUCGUCAAUUCCUCUGUGUUCGACGACCUAGCGCAUCAAAUUGUGCACCAGACCACGGUCUCCCUACACAACGCGUCAGUUCAGAUCUCGUCCAAAUCCUCCCCCGCCGACGGCCAACUCUUCCUCCUGCGCCAUCUGUUGCUUCUCAAAUCGCAAAUCGUGGCCUUCGACAUCGAGUACGUCACACCCGAUGUGAGUUUCGACUUCUCGGGCGUAGCAAGCACCUUCUACGAACUCCGCGAACGAGGCGGCCUGUUCAAUCCGCGCAGUUGGAUGAGGCUGUUCAGCAGCGGCGGCCUGCUCCCGCGCGUUGUGGAGAACAUGCUCGACGCGAAGGUCGAGCUUGACGGGCGUCUCAGGACAGUGAUCAACGACUUCACAGCCGGGUUCGCGGCUGAUAUGACGAAAGACCUGCCCCGAGACGUGGAGAAGGCCAGUGUCAAAAACAACGCGCUCGAGAACUCGGUGUCGGCGACGAGGAAGCAUAUCGAGAAAGAAAUCCCGAUUCUGCGCGCCAAAUUGGAGCAGUAUUUAGAUGACAUGCGGACUAGAGAAACACUCGUUGCUGCGGUCGAGGAUCAGGUUGUCCAGAUCUACGAAGCUUUCUUCGAUGCGUAUGUUAACCGACUGGGCGGCGGCGGUGGUAAGAUGAAUGGCGCAAGCCAGAUUUCAAGGAAGGGCAAAGGGCCCGAGAAUGCAGUCUGGGAUUUUGAUACGUUUGCCGAGUGGGCGGACAGUAUGUUCAACGUCGCGCUGCCGAACGUCGAGGAUGAUGGCACCAGUCAUCCGGCUUCCAGGAGUCUGUCGAGGAGCGGGAGUACAUAAAUCUGGAUCUAACCAGACAAAAGGCUCAGGGCAUAAUGUGUAUCAUGAUGAAUGUUCAGAUCUUGUGGUUGCUCAGGCUUGCUGUUUCCC